AUGUCGCCUAAAAGAACAGGAGGAAACUUCUCCACGCAGGUCAGCCCCUCAGAGCUACAGGACGUGUUUCAGGAAGCCUCCUCCAGUAUCUUCCAGAUCAACACCAACGUGGUUUCCUUGGAGAAAAGUCUUCAGUCGCUGGGUACGUCCAGAGACACAGCAGAGCUGCGGCAGAGCCUACACUCCACUCAGCAGCAAACCAACAAAGUCAUCACCAGCACCAGUCAGCUCAUCAAGCAGCUCUCAGAUAUAAUCAGCGGCUCUUCACGGCAGGAUCGUCUUCGCCUGACCAGACUGAAGACCGAACUCUCCGAUUCUGUGCAGCGCUACGCAGACCUCCAGAAGAAAAUUGCGGAGCGCUCGAGGGCCUUACUCCCCCCCGCACAGAAAGACAAGAAGAAGAGUCCAUCCAGUGAGCAGAACCAGGAGGACCCGCUGCUCCUAAACGUUGCAGGUCCUGAAGAAGGAGCUCAGGCUUUCCUGUCUGAGAUCAGCGAGGAGGAUGUGGAGGUUCUUCAUCAGAGAGAGGAGGCUCUGCUUCAGAUCGAAGUAAGAGAUUCCUACGACACAUCUGAAGCUUUCUGUUCAUGUCUGCCUCUGCGUGCAAUCAUUAGCUAA